UUGGAUGCGAAAGGCGUUCUAACUACCUUGGCUACAAACUUUAUGGCAAGAGGAUAUGGAGUCACAGGACCAGCCGGCUCUUCCCAAAUUGUAUCUCUCAAUCUUACCAAUCUUCUAGUACUGGUACUUCUGAAAGCUCUUAUUUUCGCAGCGGGUUCUUUGGGUGCCGGCCAUUUGAAAGGUGGGUUCGCUAGGACAAUAGAUGGAGAAGAAAAAUUGGUUACUGAUGAGGAGGUACUGAUGUUCUUGAGCUAUUUGUCAGGUUCUCCUGGUUGCCUUCAGAAUAUAGCCUGUCAGCAACCUGAGCAAGCAAAGAAAUACAUAAAUGCAGGAGACCUACUUUUGAAGAUAUCAAAAAUGUUCAAAAUAGAAACUAAUAUGGACUAUAACUAUAUACUGCAAGAAAUGGAAGAGGCUUCCAACGUUGGUUUAGCAGGAGGGAGGUGCAGCGAUUACGAAUGUAGGACAAAUACAUGAUUAUUUUUAGAACCUCGGAUACAAUAUAUGAUUUCUGAGUGAAUAAUUGA